ACGAACGAGCGGGCGCCAGUCUACCGUGGGCGUACCGCGCGGCACCACGCUCCGCGAUCCGCGAUCCGCGAUCCGCGAUCCGGCAGCAGCGUUUCGCUCUAACGUAAAACGCACAGCGAACGAAUGCCCGGGGUCCGGCAUCCUUUUAAUUAAUUAUAUUACGCGUCACAGUGAUUAUUUUUGCCGUGCGGUGGUUGGACGCAGCCGGACUCUGUCGAGUGAGUGUGUGAGAUACAGUGCGCGUCGAGCGACGCGGUGCCGACCGGAAGGAUCUAUCGGUGAUCUGUGAUUACAUAAGCACGUAAGAGGAUUCUUGCGCGGCAGGAUGGUGUUGCGACGUAGAUAUUCUGCGUAACGCGUACCGACAACCUUCGAAAGGCGCGCAAAGCAGAACCCGCGGCGGUGUGAAAUCCGAGUGUCGGCGCGAAAAACGAUGAACGAAUCGGGACGAGCCGGGAACGAAGCGGUGCGAUAAUAAUAAUAUGUGGACGACGCGGCCACGGACCAGGCGAAAGUGGCGACAACCGUCGACCCUGUCGUGCAGAGAACGUGACAAUCGGUGGAAUCGCCGUCGGGACGGCUUCCGCAUCAUCUAUUCGGUGAUCCUGGCGGCCUGCAUGGCGACGCAGGAAGCGAGGGGCGCCAAAUGUCCGCCACCGGACACAAUACCCGGCUGCCCGUGUUACAACUUCGAGAACGGCGGUCUGUUCCUGGAGUGCGCAGGUGCCACCGAGGAGUCCCUCAGGAACGCUUUGUCCGGCGUGAUACAUGCCGCCGGCGAGGAAGGGGCGCUCGUUCAAUCGUUGAGCGUGUACGAGUUGGAUCGGAAAGUAGAGGAACUUCGGUCCGCCGCUUUCCCGGCAGGCUCGCAAAUUAGGCAUCUGCAAAUCUCGCAUUCCGCGAUCCGCGAAAUAAGCGAGGAUGCCUUCAUGCGACUCAGUAAAAGCCUGGAAUCCUUGGCACUCGUAUCCGGUCGACUACCUCACGUACCUCAAAAGGCUAUGGCCUCGCUGAGCCUACUCAAAGCGCUGGACCUGGAGGCCAACCUCGUUAACGAGCUGCCGAGUUUCAGUUUCUUCGGGCUCGCGUUAAUUAAACUAAACCUGAAGGGUAAUCAAAUAAUGAAAAUUUCGGAGUACGCCUUUGCCGGGCUCGAGGGCACUUUAAAGGACCUGGAUCUGGCGGAGAACAAGAUCAGAGUAUUCCCUAUGACAUCCUUAAGAAGAUUAGAACAUCUCACGUCCUUGAGGCUCGCUUGGAACGAGAUAUCCCAGCUCCCGGAGGACGGUUAUUCCAGGCUGGACGCCUUAAACUUCCUCGAUCUCAGUAGCAACAAUUUCAAGGACAUUCCGCUCAAUUGCUUUCGCUGCUGUCCGUCCCUAAAGACACUGUCGCUUUAUUACAACGCGGUCGAAUCGGUCGACAAGGAUGCCUUUAUAUCGUUGAUCGAUCUCGAGUCGAUAGACCUCAGCCACAACAAGAUCGUGUUUCUUGACGUGGCCACCUUCCGUGCCAAUCAAAAGCUCAGGUCGAUCGAUCUCAGCCACAAUCAUAUACACUACAUCCGAGGCGUGUUCUCGAGGCUGCCCGAGUUGAAGGAGCUCUUCCUAGCGGAGAACAACAUUCUCGAAAUACCGGCUGAAACGUUCGCCGGGAGCACGAGCCUCUCGGUCGUGUAUCUUCAACAAAACGCCAUCCGAAGGAUCGAUGCGCGCGGCUUGGCGACGCUCGGUCAAUUGGCGCAGCUACAUCUAAGCGGAAAUUAUAUCGAGAAGGUGCCGCGCGACUUUCUCGAGCACUGCGAGAAUCUCUCGACCCUGUCGUUGGACGGUAAUAACAUUCGCGAGCUCGAAGUGGGCACGUUCGCCAAGGCGAAGCAGCUGCGCGAGCUCCGGCUACAGGAUAAUCAGAUCACCGAGGUGAAACGUGGCGUGUUCGCGCCGUUACCAUCGCUCCUUGAGCUACAUCUGCAGAACAACGCCAUCACGGAUAUGGAAACCGGCGCUCUGAGAUCCCUCCACAGUCUACAACACGUGAAUCUGCAGGGUAACCUACUCGCGGUGCUCGGCGAUGUGUUCCAAGUGUCGAACGACGUCGGCCAGAGCGAAAACAGCGGUAGCUCUUUGGUUUCCAUUCAGUUGGAUAACAAUGGACUCGGCGUCCUACACAAUGACUCAUUAAGAGGCCAAGCCUCGGUCAGGAUCAUGUGGCUCGGACAUAAUAGGCUGACUCGACUUCAAGCUCCAUUGUUCCGAGACCUGUUGCUGGUUGAACGCCUGUAUCUCACGAAUAAUUCCAUCUCGCGAAUAGAGGACACCGCCUUCAAACCGAUGCAGGCGCUCAAGUUUCUCGAGCUCAGUAUGAAUCGGCUGAGUCACGUCACCGUUAAGACCUUUUCCGAGCUCCACGAGCUGGAAGAACUCUAUCUGCAGGAUAACGGUCUACGCCGUUUAGAUCCUUACGCCUUAACGGCCCUCAAAAGACUGCGUAUCCUCGAUUUGGCCAAUAAUCAUUUGAACGUGCUGCAUGAUAAGAUCUUUCAGGAGGGCCUGCCAAUCAGAACGCUCAACCUGAAGAACUGCACUGUCAGCGUGAUCGAGAACGGUGCCUUCCGCGGACUGAACAAUCUCUACGAGCUAAAUCUCGAGCACAAUCAUUUCACUGCCACGGCCUUGGACCGCCUAGACAUCCCAGGAUUAAGAGUUUUGAGAAUAUCGUACAACAACUUUAGUCAGAUUAACGCCAAUUCGUUGGACGGCUUGCCGUCCCUUCAACAUCUGGCGAUGGACUCGUCGCAAAUCUAUAGGAUGCCGGCCGAGAUAUUUUCGAAGAAUAAGAAUCUGGGGAAGCUGUUGCUAAGCAACAAUUUACUCAGGGUACUGCCGGCGACCCUGUUCUUGGGCCUGGAGACGCUCAAGGAGGUGAAACUCGACGGCAACAGAUUCCAGGAAGUUCCGUACGACGUGUUCGCGAAUGCCACUACGGUGGAAUUUCUCUCCCUGGCCAACAAUGUUCUUCACCGCGUGGACAUGUCGCGACUGAAUGGAUUGACCAGUCUGCGCGAGCUCGAUCUACGCGGUAAUUAUAUCGCGUCUCUCAUCGGUUUCGCCGCCGUCAAUUUCUCCCGCCUAAUAUCUGUGGAUCUAAGUCAUAAUCACUUAACGGCUCUUCCGGCGAAUUUCUUCGCUCGCUCGAAUAUGCUGCGGAAGAUCGAGCUCGCGGGUAAUAAGUUCCGGCAAAUACCCGCCGUUGCUCUCACGGCGCAAAAUAUACCCGGUCUAGCCUGGUUGAACGUCACGGCUAAUCCUCUCGUGAGAAUACACGAGAUCAGCUCGGAGGCGAAGUAUCCGGCUCUUCAGGAAAUUCACAUCUCCGGAACAAACUUAACGAUAGUUACCAGCCAAGACUUCGAGGCAUUUCCCGCGUUAAUGCAUCUUUUCAUGGGCAGCAACAUGAUAUCCAGAGUUUCGCCCAGCGCGUUUCGCAGCCUUACAAAUUUACUCACGCUAGAUCUCAGUGUCAAUGAGCUGGAGCUACUGCCACAGGAAAGACUGAAGGGACUGGAACACCUCAGACUACUGAAUCUCACGCACAAUCGUUUGAAAGAGCUCGAGGACUUCCCGCCUGAUCUUAAAGCUUUGCAGGUGCUCGAUCUUUCGUACAAUCAGAUAAGCGGAGUGGGAAAGGGCACGUUCCAGCAUUUGGAGAAUUUAGCCGAGCUGCACCUUUACGGCAACUGGAUAUCCUCGAUCUCGCCGGAUGCGUUCAAGCCGCUGAAGAAGCUCAGGAUUUUAGAUCUAAGUAGGAACUACUUAGCGAACUUACCGCUGAAUGCCUUUCGACCGCUCGAAACGCAAAUACGGAGUUUACGGGCCGAGGAGAAUCCAUUGCACUGCGACUGCGAGUCCCAGGAGCUCUGGGAAUGGCUGCGCGAUCACCAGAAGCUGGUCGGCGGCGGGAUGAGCCGAAAUCGCGGGGGUGGACUAAGGAUGAACGACAUGGACGGUGGUCUUUUGCGAUGCGAGCAGCCACCGGAGCUGCGCGGAUUGGUCUUCCUGGAUCUGGACCCGCAUGCCUUCUGCACCGCGCCUUUGGUUCUGAAACUGGCGAUCCAGGAUAUCCAACCCUUCUCCGUCCUGGUGUCGUGGCAGAGCAGAAAUCAUUCCGGUCUACGCGGCUACCAGGUGGCCUAUCACGCCCUGGAUAACGUUGACGAGGUACGUGCCAAAACACUCGAGCCGAACGCGCGCUCGGUGAAACUAUCGAAACUGUCGUCGAACACUCGCUACCUGAUCUGCGUAUUCGGUCUCGGUAAUUGGAUAACGUCGCGGAUAGAGGACGGCCCAAUGGAACAGCUCAAUUUCACGCAGGUCGAGAUACUCGCGAGCACACCAAGCUCGCAGAUGACGGACUCGUCGACGAGCCGUUGCACCGAGGUGAAGACGCUGGACGCGCCGGACGCGAUAAUCAGCAGCGACGGUUCGGCCAUGGGCGACGUUGGCAGCGUCAGCAGCUUCUUAACGAGGCGACUAGGUCUAAUAGUCGGCUGCUGCAUGGGCUUCGUCGUCUUCCUCCUCCUGGUGUCCGUCUUGGGUUACCUCAAAGUGAAGAAGCAGCGGGAAGUGGUCAAGAGAGAGCAGCAACCGAUACCGCCAGAGUACAUAUCAUACAGGCAUUUCAGCAUACAGAGUGGCGAAGCCGGCCACACCGCUGUCAGGCAGACCAGCCAGACCAGCCAGGACGGGCAACAACAGCAGCAGCAGCAGCAGCACUCGAACUUCAUCAACAACACCACGCUGAAUGUAUGAGAAAAGCCGCGGAACUCCCGACUCGUGGAGGUUUCGAACGUGUGAGCGAGGCUCGAGUGAUUCGAGCGUGUUAACCGGUUCGAAGGUCUCCCCGAUUCGCGGAAGUUUCGAGUUUACGCGCCAGAGAGCCACAAAGGACAAUGCCGACUGUCGAAUUUUCGGCACGAGCGAAACUGUCUUCUUACAAACUGAAAAAUUGUCACAAUUAGCAGUGCUGUGCGCUCAAGUGAUACGCACUGAGAGAGUGUUGUUAAUUGGACUCGACGAACGCUCGGCAAAGAGCGUCGUUCUCGAGAGAAGCGUCACUACCAAACACUGGCCAUGCCAGACCUCUGCGUCGUUAACGGCAACGAAGAGUUCAAGCGAGUGAGUAAUGCAUGUACGUGAGAGAAUGCGCGCGCGCGAGAAUGAGAAUCUUUAUUAGAGUAACGGAGCAUUUUAUAAAGGAUUUUCUACGAGUUUGAAUUCGGUUCCAAAGUAGCUUUAAUCACUUGGCGUGGCAUCGUAUCGAACCAACGCGAUCGAGCGAACGAAAUGUCAUAAGAGUUGUACAGAACGGGAAAUUGAUUUCGAUAAUGUACGAGCGAUGUGAGCCACAUGUGCAGCAGCUCUCGUAUACUCUAAAAAAAUCUUAUAAGUUUUGAACAAGACGAGAGAGAGAGAGAGAGAUAUAUAUAUCGUACUCUUUGCCCCUCUGCAAUCAAGAAAAUUAAAACAAAAUUAUGAUAAAUUCGACCAAGUUCUUAUCGGAUUUUGCUUUAGGUCUUUAUUGGAUCGAGAGAUUUUUUAAGUAAUGUGUUAUUAAUAAUGUGGAGCAUUAAAAUCAAUACGCGCGGUUCGAAGGACCAAAAUCGCAAAUACAUAAAGAAUAUCGACAUCGGACAAAUGCGAGAACGUAUGCUGAACUACUCUGAACGUAACGAAUGUCAUUCCAUUCGCGAAAAAUCGAUCGAAUUUGCGGUAAUCGGCGAGCGCGGUACUUUGGAGGAGAAGGAGGAGGAGGAAGAGGAGAAAGAAAAGGUUCUCACGCAUCUCUGUAACAUAACGCUCAGUCUUCUUCAAGAAAUAUGAAAUUUUGAGGAGUGUAUGAAGCACGAUCUGUCGAGGGUCGCGCGUGCUCUCGGACAACUGUAAACGACAACGGGGGAGAAAUAGACGGUAGAUAGACCUUUGUUUCCGUGUAACGCACGACGCGUAUUUGCCGAACGAUUUACUAAACACUGCGUUAUUGCACAUCGCUUCCGCAGACCGGAGCUACCGCUCGCGAGUAUGAGAUCGGACGGGUGUGAAGUGGCUAUUGUGUUUUCUUAAUGGCUCGGCAAACCGCGUGGUUUAGGAACGUCACCCACGCGCCGAUCUCGCGAAAUGGCGCGCCAUUUUGCGGUGAACGUCCGCGGUACGACGGUACCAUCAAUUUCCGAUUGGGCCGCGCGCGGAAUCGUCAGGGUGGCGGAACGCGGGAAAAAUUGCUCAUCUCUGCGAGUAAUCGACGGAUUUCAGAUCCUCCGGCAAUAAGAGGGUGAAGGAUGUAAAAAAAGAGCAUGUAAAUUUGAAGGAAGAUAUAUGUUCUACAUCCGGUUAGCGUUCCAGCGCGAAUCAGUAGAGCAUCCGAUAGACACCAAAUAGACAUAAAUGAAAUAUCCCUUUGCAACAAACACCAAGGUAUGCAUCAUUUUUUGUAUGUAUUUGCAAGUGAAUGAAUUUUUCUAAUGUGAAAACGGUGUAGGAUAUGAUGGUGCUCUAUACGAUUUCGAACUCUUAACACAUAUUUUAAUUUUUUUAACACGAAAUACACGAAUAUAAAAACAAAAUUUUAAUGUGACCAAAGUAAUUUAUUUUAUUUCAGAAAAGUGUUCGAAAACGUAUUGCAAUAAGUAUACUUGUUUUUUAUUAAAUAUAAUCUUGAAUAUAGCACGAUACAAUUUGGAUUUCCCACAAAUAAUUUUUUUUUUUUUUUUUUUUAGUGUCUACAUUUCCUAAUGAGAAAAAAAGUUGACGAAAAAAGAAAUAAUAAUAUUAUUGUUAUUAUUAAACACUAUUCGAAAUUGUACUUGUAUUCAAAUUUAUACCUGAACUUUUGUGAGCACUUGUUCAAAAUUGUACCUUUGAACAAAAAAGUUUCUUUUUUUAUAAAAAUAUGAACUUUCUACAACCUUUAUAUAGUGAGAACUAACAAGCAAGUUAUUAAUAUCACACAAUGAGGACAGAUCUAAACUUAAACUUGGAAAAUCUUAUUUCGUUCAUUAAUAUUGCACUACAUUUAAAAUUGUAUCACGUCACUCUUCACAAUUUAUCGGUAAAAAGAUAAAUAAUUUCGCUAAUGUCUGCAGAAGAUUAAUAAAAGGUGUGAAGAAUAGGUCAGAUAUAAAAUUAAGCACGAAUCUGUUUUACAUUUUUGUCGCUUCCUUUCUGGGUCAAAUAUUCGCGUCUGAACGCUGGCUGUCGUUGAAGAUUCAGCGAUUAAGGAGACGUUCUGUGGAUCAUGUUUAGAAUCUAUAAAUAUACGUGAAACGAUUGUAUAUAGAUACAUACGUAUCGAAAACCUAUGUAUUCAAUUAAGAGCGUCGAUAUCACCGGAGGUUAUUAUCGUAAAAAUUCUGAUGAUCUCUUAAAUAGUGAGACAACAAUAGUAGUUGAAUUAGCAGAUCGGCGCGUCGAUCCUCCCCGAUUUUUGAGGAGGCCAAGAUACACGAGACCAGAUACAUCAGAACUUUUUAUCGCGGUGUCGAUGGAUACCGAUGUAAGGCAUUUCGCAUUAGGAAUGAAUGACGCGCGCAUGAAUUGUACGUUUUUCGGGAUACGAUUCUGAUCGACAGACCGACUCGCUCGAUAUCGCUAAUCACCGAUAUAAUCACCGCGCCGAGGCCGGUGCGCUGAAGCCGCAAAUGCACGAAAUGUCGCAUUUGGUGCAGACGAAUUUUUAAUGUCGACGCGAGAGUCCCGCGUUUCCGUUUCGACGGGACGACGAAAUAAUUAUCGAGGCGAUAUGCGAUAUCCAGCGAGCUCGUUAUGAAAUAUCGUUACGAAAUGCAGCGCUGCGAGGAGCGUAGCUGCUCGACGGACGCGUUCAACGCGUAGUUCGUUAUCGCAUUACCGGAUCAUUCGGGAUCGACCGGCGCGGCGCCGGCGGGAGAGGCUCCCUUACGUUUCCCGGCCGUGUGAGCAAAAGAGGAGAGAAGGAGAGCGAGAUCUCGCGCGGAUUGACGAAAUCGCCGCGGCAACGAGAUCUACGAUGUAUGCGUGUUCUCGUUACACCCUGUGUACUGUAACAUAUACGUACGUCACUGUAAUAAAAAUGCAAAUUCUUUUGUAA